AGCAGCUACGAGCAAAGAAACCUCGAUGUCUGUUUCCAAACCGUGCGAUGCCCGGACGCGGAGCUCAAUCCAUCACUGAGCGGCCCGUCCCGGAGCUCCGCUGUUCAUCCCGCAUCCUCCCCGCAGCGCUCAUUGCUCACAGCCGGAUCCGCACCGCCCAUCCAUCACAGCGCAGCGCCGCUGCACCCCCUCCGUGCCCCUCCCUCCCGCAGGGCGGUGUUCCGGCUCUCGGCCGCCUCCUCCUUCUCUUUCUUUCUGCUGCGGAGCUCACGGCGGUGGCUGCGGAGCUGCGGGAGGUGCCGAGUCGGGUCGGGGCUGAUCGGGUCGGCGGGAGGGAUCCGAGCGGGGCAGGCUGCACGCGCCAUGGCUGCCAACUGCGAGCGAACCUUCAUCGCCAUCAAACCCGACGGCGUCCAGCGGGGGUUGGUGGGAGAGAUCAUCAAACGCUUCGAGCAGAAGGGAUUCAAACUGGUGGCCAUGAAGUUCGUGCACGCCUCUGAAGAGCUCCUGAAGCAGCAUUACAUCGACCUGAAGGAUCGGCCCUUCUACCCCGGCUUGGUGAAGUACAUGAACUCCGGCCCCGUGGUGGCCAUGGUGUGGGAAGGGCUGAAUGUGGUUAAGACUGGCAGAGUGAUGCUGGGGGAAACCAACCCUGCGGACUCAAAGCCCGGCACCAUCCGUGGGGAUUUCUGCAUCCAAGUGGGAAGGUUGCAGCCCAUAAUGGCUACAUGGGACAGUGGCUGGGUACAAAACUUCUUAAAACUCAGCUACGUGGCAGAGCUCCAUGUGCUUCAUCCUCACUUCUUCCACGUGGCAUUUCCACCCUUAGAGGUUUCUUUCUUGAUACUGAACAAUGUUGCACUGCUCCACAGAAACAUCAUCCACGGCAGCGACUCUGUAGAAAGCGCCCAGAAGGAGAUCAACCUGUGGUUCAAAGCGGCAGAGCUCAUCGACUACAAACCCUGUGCACAUGACUGGAUCUACGAGUGAUGUUUCCACAACAAACUGUGCCUUGUGGAGGUGUCACCUCACUGCAGCUGACGGUCUGGGAGCAAUCAGUGCAGCGCUGCUCAUGGCAGGUUUUCAGAGCAGUCAAAUAAAUGGAUGAUACAAACCAA